GACUGCUUCUGUCUGUCAGAUUGAACAUGGCGGCCUCCUCAGCUUCACGUGAGCUGUUCACGCAGGGAGUGAGCGCGGUGCUGCACAGCUGGCCCGUGCUGCAGAUAGCAGUGGACAAUGGAUUUGGGGGUGUGUACGGGCAGCAGAAAGCUGAUUGGCUGGUGGAUGUGGUCCAGCAGUAUUUCCAUGACAACGCUGACCUGCAGCAGUACGAGGUCGAGGACUUCAUCACUCAGCUGAUGGAUCAGGAGUUCGAUACAGUGGUGGAUGAUGGAAGUUUACCUCAGGUGUCCAAGCAGCUGAUGCAGAUGUUCGGUCAGUGGCAGCAGGGGGCGCUGCAGCAGCUCUCUCAUACUGUCCAAUCACUGACGCAGAAGAAAACUCAGAGGGCAAAGGUCACGGCCCCGCCCACCGAGUCCGACCAGGAGAGCGAUGACGAGGAAACGCAGAUGGAGUGUGAAGCAUCCAGUCCAUCAGUCAGCAAACAGACAGAUCCUCCUCCUCCUCCUCCCUCUCAGGAUGAAGAGGACGGAUGGACAGUGGUCCGUAAGAAGAAGUGAAGAGAGGAGGACAGAAAGGAAAAUGAACUGUUGAACUCAGAGAAUGAACCAGCUGACCUUUGACCUCCAGGAUGGGACUGUGUGUGUGUGUGUGUGUGUGUGUGUGUGUUUUUUAACAUCCUCCUCCUGACACCAUAUUUAUAUAUUAUACCCAAACUGAUUAGAGGUCAGAGGUGUGUGGAGGUCUCUGUGGGGGUCGUCGUCGGGCCCUGAUGACUGUGGGUGUUGAAGUGGACCUGGACUAAGAGAGACCUGGACUGAGAGGGACCUGGACUAAGAGGAUCUUUUUUUUUAUUCUGGUUUCUGUUGUUUUGUAUUAAAACUGUAGAAGCUGCUGUCAUGUGUGCGGUGUGAUGUCAUUCUACUACAUGAGUUACUAUUGUACUAUUAGAAGACAUUAAAUACUAUUUUCAUGG